AGCUAAAUCUGAAAAUGAGUAUAAUAACGUGAAUCUGAGACACUGUUAUGAAGAUUUAGUAGGCUUUAAAUACAAAUAGGAGGUGUAGUCAUUCGUAAAGGUACAUCAAACCUUUUCAAUUUUUGAUGACUACACUCUCUCAUCUUCAUCUUCAUGCUUGCUUUCGUAGUAAACUAAACAGAGAUGCAAAGAUUCAAGCCAACAACUGAAUCACCACCAUCACACUAUUCUCACUCCCUCUUCCACCUUCGGGGAGAUGACACUACCACAACUCCAAAUCCAACAACGCGUUUAACUGAUUCUGAUCUUGCCGUUGCUCUUGUAUUUCAACAACAGCACUAUCACCAUGCCUUUGAUUUAACCUCAACUUCUCCUCCCUUCACUGCCAAGUUCAACAAUGUUGCUGUUGCCUCAAGUAACUUGCAGUACGGGACAUUCAACAACAACCUUGCUUCUUCAGGUUGUUACGUUGAGACAGGGCAACAGCAGCAGCAGCAGCAUAUGUUCCAGCAGAAGGGGCAUUUUGAGACUCGGUCUGAAUCAGCCAUGGCUGACAAUAGUCAACAGACCGAUGAUGCUUCCACUGAUAUUGACACCGAUGAUAAAACCCAUUGCAAUAAUAGGGCUGGGAAUGGGGAACUUGUAGUUGUGGACUCCAAUGAUCAAACUAAGCUUAAACAUGAGGAUCAGAAGACUCUUCGUAGACUGGCUCAGAAUCGCGAGGCUGCUAGGAAGAGUCGAUUGAGGAAGAAGGCAUAUGUGCAGCAAUUGGAGAAUAGUAGAGUUAGGCUUGCACAAUUAGAGCAAGAACUUCAACGCGCACGUCAGCAGGGUGUAUUUGCUGCAACUGGAACUGUGGGGGAUCAUGCUCGCGCAGUUGUUGGAAAUGGUGCCUUAGCAUUUGAUAUGGACUAUGCGCGUUGGGUCGAUGAGCAUCAACGUCUGAUUAGUGACCUAAGAUCAGCCGUAAAUUCUCAAAUGGGUGAUAAUGAACUGAAUCUUCUUGUUGAUGGUGUCUUGGCACAUCAUGAUGAACUAUUUCGGUUAAAAACCAUAGGGGCCAAGGCAGAUGUAUUUCACAUACUUUCCGGAACAUGGAAGACACCUGCAGAAAGAUGCUUCAUGUGGCUAGGUGGAUUCCGUCCAUCAGAGCUUCUUAAGAUAGUUAGAAACCACCUCGAGCCCUUAACAGAUGAGCAAUUGAUGGGAAUUUAUAAUUUGCAGCAGUCUUCUCAGCAGGCAGAGGAUGCUUUAUCCCAAGGCAUGGAAGCAUUGCAUCAAUCUCUUUCGGAGACGCUUUCCUCCACCUCCUUAGGUCCUACCAGUUCUGGAAAUGUUGCUCAGUACAUGGGCCUAAUGGCAAUUGCAAUGGGCAAACUUGCCACACUUGAGAGUUUUCUUCACCAGGCUGACCUUUUGAGGCAACAAGCACUGCAACAGCUGCAACGAAUUUUGGCGACACACCAAGCCGCUCGCGCGCUCUUGGUCAUAAACGAUUACAUCUCUAGGCUUCGAGCGCUUAGUUCAUUAUGGCUAGCCUGUCCUAAAGAGUAGGAACUGACAUAGAUAUGUAUAGUUUGCAACCACCUUUGUAAUGCUGGUUUCCUAAGCUGAUUUGGUAGUUCUGUAGUAAUAGGUAGUUGGUGAUGAGUUGUUUCCACCCUCAAAGCAAAAAGUAAAUGGUUUAUAGUUUGGCCACAAUGUCAACAAUCUCAAAUUUUAAUUGCAUUGAUCUGACAAUCUUUCUUGAAUUUUUGAAAUGCUCUUGGAUAUAGUUCACAGGUUCAAGCUUACCCAAACAAAUAAAAACCAAGAAAACUUAAAAAAAGUUUGCUCUGAAUAUAGUUAUAUCAGUACUAAGAUGAUAUUAACACAUUUUACAAAUAUAUAUUCUCCACAAAUCUGUUCCAAUAAUGGUAUGAUCUGAACAUAGAUACCAUCAAGUUGAACAAUAAUAUUUACAAGAUGAAUGAAAGAAACUUUUCACAUACUUUUCUUCCCUUUUUUGCACCUUCUCUUUUCUAAAUAUUCCUUACACUAAUUAAAUCAUGUGAGCUGUAUCAUAAGUAAGCUACAAUCUUCACUUUCAAAAGACAUAAGAU